GGAUUCUAUUUAUCCUCGGCCAUCCUAUUUCUCAUUCACCAUAUUUCCUGUCUUUAACCUCAAAUAUUAUCAUUCGAUCUUGAAGAUAUUCAUCCGCCUUUUUGAGUAUUGUUGCAUUAGGACUUCAGGAAAUCUGCGAAUUUAUCAACUCUAAUAAUACUGAUAACAGGUAGCGGUAGCUGCAACUUAACACUAUGGCACCCAAAACUGACUUACCCGAUUUCAAUGGAUUCAUUAACAAAGGACGUGAGCGUCGCAAGGAUGAGCUUCUAGCAAAUAAAUUCCUGGGCAAGAAUCGUCGAGCGAGUGCGCCAGGAGCGACAAACAACAAUCGCAAGCCAGGCGCUGGUCCCUCACUUGCAAGCAGAAUGGGCGUUGGAAAGCGCGGCCCGGCUACAUCCAAACCUGCACCAAGGCAAAAUUCCACACCUACUGUCGGAAAUGUUGAUGCGGAAUGGACUCAUGAUCUGCACUCUCUUAACAACCCAGGCAGUUCUAGAACAUCCCAAAAUCCUCCUCGUGGCCCUAAGAAUAUCAAUACGCGUGCGCGCAAUGAUCGACUUGCGAAAGCUUUCAACGGCUCUGCAUCAACACCGAACUUGAACGCUCAGUAUAAUAUCGUUGGGAAGUCGAAGGCGACUAAGAGUAUGUCUAUCAAGGGACUCGCAGGACCAUAUAUUGUAAUGGCAGAAAACUUUGCGCGAGGUACUUCAGCACAAGAUAUCGAGACCGCAAUGACACCAGUUGGUGGACCUCCACUAAGCUGCCGCCUUAUCUCUGAUUACCCCAGAAUUAUCGCAGAGAUUAUUUUUGAUACAAAAGAUGGAGCUGACAAUGUCAUUGAUACAUUCAACAACCAAGAGGCGGAUGGUAAUUUAUUGAACGUUUACAAUAAGUCGGGAGCUCCUGCGCCAACGCUUCAACCUGCCACCCAACGUUCUGUUCCUCGAUCAAGUGUUCCUACAGGCCCAAGAGCUAGCCGUGUUGAACGCAGUGCAGGUUCCGAUAGCUACGAUUCAAGAUAUGAUAGCUCGCGAAGUUCUCGGGAUGAUAUUAUUGAUGGCUCGUACGGAUUUGAGGAUCGCAUGGAUACCGAUGACCGGGAUGGGGGCAGUCGUAACAACGCUAGAAGCCAAGGACUCUACAGCGACAACCUUGUAGGAGGUCGUGCUGGCAACAACAACAACAACCGCAAUGGCAAUAACUGGAAUGCCGGGCGAGGAAAUGAUAGAAAUCGCAGCUAUAGAUGAUUACGGGACAUGCGAUUUUAAUUCCAUUUUUCCCGUUCACGGACCGUUGAAGACCACCGAAACGUUACGAAUACCUCAUUUUGAGAUUUUAUGAUGCAAGACACGGUUCUUGCAGGAUUGCAUGAUGAGCAGCGACUACAGAAAAGGAGAUGCGACACGGCAUUUUUAUAUGCCAUGGGAUCAAAGAUUUUCAUGUCUACAUGGAGUUAUGGGAAAGGGUACGAAAUCCGCGAUACCUUGGCAUACCUUGCGAAUAAUACCCCUGUGUAUAAUAACAAAUACAAAAAUAAAGCAUACAACUUUUAUGAUAUUCAAUCAGCUCUUCUUCGGUUGACAAGAUUCGAAGGGACUAAACUCCAUUCAUGCUUGAGCUUGGACAUGCAGCACUCUGCACGUCUCACAUCAGACGGAGAGCGUGCUUUAUGAGUACCUCUAUCUUGGUAAUUUUGAAGUUCACAAGGUUGAAACAUUGUCCCCCGCAUCCUGGUCCUUUCUUUUUGCCUCUUCCUUUGCAUAUCUUAUCUCUUUUCUUGGACUCAUAUACCGUGUCUCGUCUAUGUUUUCAUCAUCAGUUCAAUUUCUCCACUGCCUUCCUUCACUUUGUUGUUCAUGCUUGAUCAUUUACAGACCUCACCUUUUGCGUCUGUACUUCUCUUUCCCAUAAGAGGAAUCUUAGAAAAACAUACAUCUCUAUGAAUUGGUGAUGACUUGGGCCUUUUGUUCUAAUCAUAUGUCUAAUUUCUUUUUGAUCGAGCUCUGGCAAGUCGUGGUAUUCGAUAACUGAUCAUCGCCAUGUAGGCCUUGGAAACCUGAAGCAUGUUAUCGUCUGUUCUCUUGCUCUCAUAUCUUUUAUUGAAGUUCUCAUCCAAUUCAACUACCGCUCGUAUUGAAUUCAUGAUUCAUG